AAAGCUCCUCAGGAAACACAAUCCUGGGAGAAAAAGUGUUCAUCAGUCCAAAACGCUAUAAAGAGAAAGUUACUAAAACAUGUGAAGAGCAAAUCCGCCAUGUUGCAGGAAGGAAGGUGUGUGUGAUUGACACUCCAGACCUGCUGGAUCCAGAUGUCACAGAAGAUGAGCUCAAGCGAGAGAAAGACAAACUGGUGUCUCUCUGUCAGUCUGGCCUUCAUGCUGUUCUGCUUGUGGUUCCUGUUGGAGAAGAGCUGCAGAAUGAGGAGGAGAUGCUGGAGUUCAUUAAAGAAUUAUUCAGUCCAGACAUCCAGAAGUUUAUCAUAGUGCUCUUCACACGAGGAGACGAGCUGGAGGAGGACGAGACGAUCGAGCAGCACAUCCAAGAGCAGGGAGAAGAACUGAAGCAGCUGAUAGAGAGGUGCUGUGGACAUUUCCAUGUUUUUAACAACAAACAGCUUGUAGAAGAUCAGGUUACAGAGCUACUGGACAAGAUUGAGAACUCAGUGAAGAAUAAUGUAGGAACAUUUGUCAUGGGCCAGAGGAGAAGGAACAGCAUGGAUUGGGGCACCUAUUUUCCAGAGACAACACCGCUGCACCCUGAAGAAGACAGGAGGAUCGUGCUGGUGGGGAAGACGGGUGUUGGGAAGAGCGCUUCAGGAAACACCAUCCUGGGAAAGAAGAGAUUCAGAUCUGAGUUUGGUUCAUCGUCUGUAACCUCAAUGAGUGAAAUGCAACAGGAUGUAGUUUUAAGGAGGACCGUGUCCAUGAUCGACACACCAGGGUUCUUCGACACACAACUGUCCCGUGAAGAGUUAAGUGAGGAGAUAGGGAGGAGUAUUUAUCUGUCCAGUCCAGGACCUCACGCUUUACUUUACAUCCUUCCUGUUAAUAGUAGAUUUACUGAACAGGAGGAAAAUGUUAUAGAGAAAUUAGAGCUGAUUUUUGGGAGAGAGAUGAAAAGAUACACAAUAAUUCUCUUCACUUAUGGAGACCAGUUAGAGGGGAAGUCUGUGGAUACGUUGAUUCAGCAGAACAGAUCUCUCAGCAGGCUAGUUGCUCAGUGUGGAGGUAGAUAUCACAUCUUCAACAAUAAAGACCUGAGAAACAGAAAGCAGGUCAGUGAGCUACUGCAGAAGAUAGACAGAAUGGUGGAGGAGAACGGAGGAACCUGUUAUACCAAUGAGAUGUAUGAGGAAGCAGCAAAAUUCAGGAGAGAUGAAGAGGAGGAGAUGAAGAUAAGGGAGGAAACAGAGAGGCUCAGACAAGAGGAGAAGGAGAAGAUGAGCGAGGAAACAGAGAGACUCAGGAGAGAGCUAGAGGAGAGGAUGAUAGAGAAUAAAAGCAGAGAGGAGGAGGAGAAGGGUUUCAAAGGGUUUUUCAAAAGAUUCAAGUAUUUUUUGCUUACUGCUGGUGGUGUUGCAUUUGGAAGUGGAGCUCUAUCUGGAACUGUAGCAGGAGCUGUAGUGGGUGGUGCUGUUGGAGGUCCUGCAGGUGCAGGCAUUGGGUCUGGUAUCAGUAAUGUCCCACGUAAACUUGUAGAAAAAUAUAAGCAGAAAAAGCAGAGCACACAGAGAGAAAGUGCCCCAGAAAAUGCACCAGUGGAAAGUGGGAUUGAGUCACCUGAUUUGGAGCUCAUGUUUUUGGAAGAAAACAGUUCCGAGACAUCUCACUUGAUCCCUAACUCUAAUGUAAGGCAUCGGUUAACAUGGAGUCGAUUUCAAAAUCAGGACUAAACUAGGCAAGUUACUGUCAUGUAUUUAUGUACAUUUUAAAUGCUGUAUUUUUUAUUACUAAUCAACUUCGGCUUUUUUACUGUAACACACACACAGUGUUUAUUACUGACUUAUUGCAUGUAUUUAUUUGGGUUUAAAAAACAUUUUUAUAGUUCUUAUUGAUUACUCUGUUGACAAAUAUAUUUUAAGAUCUUAAGGUAGUUUGUUAUUAAUAUUACUUCAUUUUUUUAUGAUUGCAGUGGUGAUUGUUAUCAUUCUGAAUUUUCACACAUUUUUCAUUACUUUUAUAAUAAAUCAUAAAACAGCUUGCAGUGCAAAGAUUUAUUUACAUUUAUUCAUGUCCAAGGUCCUUGUGUUGGAAAUUGUCACGUAGUUGAGAGUUGAGACGGAUGCAACUGCAUAAAAAGAAGUUUUAUUGAGAGGCAGACAAAUUCAAAACAAAAGUCAAUAUCAAGGUCAACAAACUGGCUAUGGUCAGGCGAUGAACAAACCGAGUCAACUGGGCCAAGGCAAAACACAGGAAUCAGGAAACUAGAAGAAAUCAGUAACUAACAUGGCAAACACGGAAAUCAAAGGCUUAGUGAAGACAGGCAGGUGAACACUGAACAAUACUUCAUGCUUAAACAAAGAAAAAGAAGGGUUUAAACCCACAAACUAAAUAAAGGGCAAAGAGUAAUGAAGACACAUGAGGCAAACAGCCAAUGACGGGACGUGGGUGGAGACAAUAAUAAAAAGUGCCUUUAAAAAGGCCUCUCAUGACACUUUAUAUAGGAAAAGAAAAUACUAAAUGAUCAAGUAAAAGCAAUUCUAAAGAAUUAAGUUUGAGAGAAGAUUUAAAUACACUAAAAGACUGGGCUUCUCUAAGAUCAGAUGCUAGCGAGUUCCACAGUUUUGGAGCAGAAGAAGUAAAGGCUCUAUCACGCAUAGAAUGUAAAAAUGUCUGAGGGACAGUUAAAGACCAGAGCUGGAGGAGCGGAGAUCACGUUUUGGGGAGGACAACACGGAAUCGCGUGCCGUAGCGUGUGCAGAAGAGCUCAGCGUGAGGUGGAAAUCCCUGAUAUAAAUAUUAAGAUGUUAAGAUACUGAAAUGUGUCACGGUUCACAUCCUGCUGUGUGCUUAGGUUCUGUGUGGGUUUGUUCUGUAUAUAAUGCAGGUUAUUGGAAUGAGAUGUGAACGUUAGGAAAGUUUUGCUCAUAUGUCAGUAGUUUGUA